AUUUAAUAAAAACAUUCUACAUCCAACUCUACAGACUUAUCAAUUAAUUUUCUUCAAAUAAAUUUCUUUUUUCCCUUCCCCGGAUUGUUCGUUGGUGUAUCUCCAAUGUGAGGGCACGGGCAAAAGCGACAGGUCUCGCUGAUUGGGGCUAUGAGCUAAUGGACGGCCCCGGCGUUUGCGCGCCGUGGGAAAGAAGUGACGAGAGAUGUCGGCAGUUCCUUACCAAAAGACUUCUCACCCGCUUUUGCUCGCCCUCGAUCUCGAUCUCGCUCAACACCAACGUCUACGGAUCCUCCAAACGAGACAGCAUAGGGCUGGCCACCACCGAUAUGGAAGCAAUCACCGCCACCAUGCCUAUCGAACAGCCCCAAAUCAAAUACGAAUCCCCGUACAGCGCCGACCCCCCCCCGUACGACCCACACCAGCACUCCCCCCUCAAACGCCGCUUCUCCCCCUCGACACCCCACGCCCCAGCCUCAGAUGAAAAGCGCCAGCGCAUCGAGGUUCCGUCUCCCCCAGCGCUGGCAGGGGAUGACAUGGAUUUCGCUGCUAUGAUUGCAGCGGCUGCUGCUACGGCGUCUGAGGAGGCUAGUGCACCUGCGCCGCAGCAACAGCACCAGAUGCAGCACCAGCAACAUGGUUUUGCGCCGCAGGAGCCGUUGCCGUCGGUGGAGGGGUAUCAGGCGGGGGAGUUUGGGGGGGGGAGGGAGGCAGCAGCGGAGAUCAGCAGUGGGUUUUUGGCGGAUCCGCAUCUGUACAUGCGGAUUUUGAGUUUACCUAUCUUGGAGAGCCUGUCUACGCAGAUCCUGUCGACGCUGGCGCAGGGCCCGUACUCGGAGACGAUCAAGAUCGUGACGCAGCCCGAGUCAGAGCUGGGCCAGGCCUACGCGACGCUGAAGUCGUUGUUUGACCAGACCAAGAAGAUUUACUCGCAGCAGAAACCGUUCCUGUCUGCCGACGAGCUGAAUAUCCGCGAACCGGAGCACCGCGGGACGAUACGCACGACGAAUCUGGCGACGUUUGUGUCCUCGGUGGUGGGGGGGCAGGAUGUGGGCUUCUAUGAGUUGAAUGAUCAUUUUAUCGAGACGUUUGUGGCGGAUGGGGCGGAGCUGCAGACGGAGCCGGGGUUGUUGUAUUUGAAUCUUAAGACGCAGAUGUACCUCUCUGCGGUGUCGCAGGAGGAGCAGGAGCGGACGAAAGAUGAGGUCUUGGAUGAUCUGUUUCCUGUUAGCCUUGGGGAUACGCUUCGUGCGAGGCAUCCGGGCUCGGAUCUUACGCAGAGUGAGAUUGAAUUUGUCAAGGAGGCGAAUGCGCGGAGGGAAUACCUUCAGAAUGAUUCUACCGAUCCAGAUUCUAUAUCUAUCCUCUCGGAGCAAUACGCCUGGGAAGAUUUCCUCAAGAACCUCAGCGAUCAUCUCAAGAAGGCGUACGAGCCAUUAAUAGCUCCAUACAUGAGGCGGCAUGCCUUAACCGCACCACCUCCAUCGCUCCAUACCCAGCACCAACAGCAUCCAAACCCCACCGCCGAGCAAACCGAUCCCAAACCCACCCACGACCCCCAACAACCCCAACACCCCGAACCCGAACUCGACCUCGGCGACCUCGACAUCGAGCAAGCCACCCGCGCCGCAACCCAACACGCCCUCCAAAGCAUAGGCUACUCCCAAUACGACCGCCAACAACAACCCCAGCCCCAACACCUCCAACAACACCCGCAACAAAUGACAAGCUACGCCCCGGAAUACCCCGCCGGCGCAGUCCCCUACCACACACAGACAGCACCCACACAAGUCCUCUACGAACAAGCCCGCCAAGCCGCCGUCGCCAAAGCAUCCCCGCACAGCCGCCGUCCCGGCCUCCCCAGCCAACGCCGGCCAUGGUCCACCGAGGAGGAAAACGCGCUUAUGGCUGGGUUAGACCAAGUCAAGGGUCCGCACUGGUCUCAGAUCCUGGCGUUGUACGGCGCAAAGGGGCAGGUUAGCGAGAUCCUCAAAGACAGGAACCAAGUGCAACUCAAAGACAAAGCGCGGAACCUCAAACUGUUUUUCUUGAAGAGUAAUAUUGAAGUACCGUAUUACCUCCAGUGCGUCACCGGGGAGCUGAAGACGAGGGCGCCGAGCCAGGCGGCGAGGAAGGAGGCGGAGGAGCGCGCGAGGCUGGCGAGUGAUGAGGAGCAGGCGAGGUUUAAUGGGAUUAUGGCGCUGGCGGGGGGGAUGCAGAAGGGGGGACUUGGACAGCAGGGGGUGGUGGGGGGGGAGAUGCAUGGGGGGCAUCAUUUGCAGAUGGAGGGGUUGCAGCAGCAGCAGAGGGGGGAGGAGCAGCAGCAGUUUGAUGCGCAGCAGAAUGGGCAGCAGCUUGGACAGCAGCUUGGACAGCAGGGGGAUGUGAAUUGUGAGAGAGAGCAGGGUGGGGUCCAGGGCCAGCAGCAGACGGGAGGGCAGGGACAGGAGGUGUCACAGUUGGAUUUUGAGGAUGCGUUAGGGGCGAGGCUGAUGGAGAGUUUGGAGGAUCAUGAUAAGAGGGCUGCUAGUGUUACGACUUCGUAGUAUGGGGUUGGGAGGAUGUGAGUGAGUGAGUGGCUUAGCAGAGAAAGAGAGAGUGUUUAUUGUUCGGUGUUGGAGCAUUGAGCGCUUCAGGUGGAGAUUGCCAUAGCGAUGAGGCUUGAAGGGUUACAUUAGCACGAAAAUAUACAACACAGUAACCCAAACC